UAAGAAAUGGAGAAAAAGAUGAACUCCUAAAAUCACUUAACUGAACUAUAAAAUGAUCGACUGAACCUACCUACUUAUUUGUCUUUUCCCAGAUAUCUAAUACAAUAAAAAACUCAAUCGAACCAAACAUCAUCAAAAGAAAAUGCGCGUCAGUCUUUACCAACUCAUAACCUUAAGCUUUGGAUUUAUGGCCAUUGCUGCCCCUCUCAGCCAUCCUGACCCCCCUACGAUUAGAUCAAAAGAUGGCGAUGAAUUCGUGAGAUGGCCUGACAACGCUAUUGAUGCGAACGGGCUUUCUGUCGCCGCCUACCAAGGCGACUAGAAUAGUUAGGAGUUGUUUGACGCAUCGGAGGCUGUUUGUGGAGUUGAGCGAUAAGGAGGUGGAUUGGAAAGUGGCU